CUGGAGUACCUCGAAUGGGUGUCAAACAUCGUGUCCCAGUUAAGGAAGGAAACGUUUACCCUGCCACGUCCGGCCGGCGCCACCCUGACCGUGGGGCCCGUGGAGGACUCCGUGUACGGGGACGACCCGGGAACCCUGAACGGGUGCGGGAAGUUCUUCCUUCCCUCGCCAGUGAAAAUGCAAGCGGUGGGUUUCGUGGUGGGCACGCCCUUCCCGUGCGAGCAGCUUCUGGUGAUGACGGGGGAGGAUAAGGCGGUGUACGCAUUCGACGGGGACGAGCUCCAUCUGACCAACGAGGACUGGGACAAAGUGAGGCAGGGCCCUGUGGGGCAGAAGUUGGCCCAGGAGCAUCACAAACUGGUGUCCUCACACAAGUCCAGACUGCUGGCAAAUCUCAAAAUAAGCGCAGAAAAAAAGAGGUAA